AUGGAGCUUCUCGCACGACACCCUCACUCAGUUCCACUGGGUACAAAAGAUCUCGGGCCAAUCUCAACUCUGGCCCCAUUUUCAGCCUUGAUUAUCUCCAUCGUGUUGGUCGUAUUCUUCCUCGUUCGCUACUACAUCCUCGAAGGAUUCCUCAUCCGUCGUCUAUAUGGCUCCGUCUAUACAGAUAUGAGUGAACUAAACCGUCGCGGCUUCAUAAACCACCAUAUCGCGGGAGUCACCAAAUUAAUCAUUUUGAUUGUUGCCGCAUACCCCUUUGUCAGUGUCGCUUUCUGCAAAGGACCAUCAUUCAGCACACCCUUCGUCAAAGGCUCGGUGGUGACACUGGGAGAUAUCCUAGUUGUUGUAUCCCAGAUGUUGAUUGGUAUAUACAUUUUCGAGCUCAUCUAUCGCGUCAAGUUGUCGCCCGUGGCCGUGAUGCAUCACAUCGGGACAAUCUUCAUUGGGCAAGCGGCCAUAGCGAUCAGUCUUCGACCGCUACGGGAACCCGAUGCGUACAUCGAGUUUGUCCUGUGUACUGUCUGGGGCGCAUUCGACGCCGUUUUCGAGUUAUUCCCCCACGUCGCGAUAAUCCUCUACCGUACCUUCCCCACACGGCAUCAAUUCCUCAGCAGGGUCUUCCUCAUCUCCUGUUUCUCAACUGCAAUGGGGACAGUCGCCGAAACGGUAGUGACGAUGUGGUUGUUUGCAAGCACGUGGGACAGGUGGCGACUCGCUUUCAAGGUUGUCACGCCAGUCCUGCAUGUGGCGUUCUCCGCGGCCCAGAUUCAUGGCAGUCUUGUCUUCUGGCGGAUGUACCUCCGACAGAAGGGUUUCCAGAGAGAAGCUGACACCGAGGCAAAAGAGUUCAAUAUUAUGGAUGAUAUAUCGGUAAACCAUCGUCAAUAUCAAAGCCAGAGCGUAGAUAGUGCGGAGGGGGAGGGCAACUCUGGCAUGGCCACUGUGAAAUCGGGGGUCCCGGUUGUUGGUGCUGUUGAAAGGGAACUUUGA